CGUUUUGAAAGUUAAACGCUCAGAAGCAAACGAUAUUCACUCGUCGUCGUGGCUUUGCGGGGCUCGCGAACACCAACGACACGCAGCUCAUAUCUCAUUUCCCAACCCUACAAUAUUGACAAGUGACAUUUCUUGCAAGCAGUUGUAAACACGUGCGUGCCGUGCAAGUCGCGGUGCAUUUUGUUUUUAUCCGAAUUGUGGGGGCAUGGGUUUAACAAAACAAUAUUUGGCCUACAAGCCAGUUGGCACUUUCAACAUAAUCGCGAGUGGCCGACCAAAUGUAAAUUUCACGGUAUACAACAAGACAGAAGGGCGAUAUGUCGCCGCCGGUGCGGCUGAAAACGUUUUCAUUUGGGACUUCAGGCUUGGGGAGAAGGUGCUAGAACUACGUCGUGAAAAGAAUGAGGUGACUGCGAUCCGUUCGAGCCCGGACCACCUUCAUAUCGCCGUGGGCUACGCCGACGGAGUUGUUGAAGUCUUCAAUAUUGAGCAGCGCACUUCUGUUUGCAGCUUAGCCCUCCACAAAACAGCUGUCAGCAUACUGCGAUACGAUGAAAGAGGAAUACGCCUGCUAUCAGGCGGGCUGGACACGGAAGUGGUUGUCUGCGACAUGAUCGCCCAAAGGGGCAAACAUCGACUGAUAGGCCAUAACGCCCCAGUCACCGACACGCACUUUCUCGAAAAAUUCGGUAUUCCAAACGUUGUCGUCUCGUCUUCUAAGGACACCCAGAUCAAAUUUUGGAACUUGGAGACACAAUCUUGCUUCAAGACCAUCGUCGACAACCGAACAGAGGUGUGGGCACUGGGAUUAGCGGGAGACUUCCUGGUUGCUGGAACUGGUGAGAGCACAAUGAACGUCUAUCGGGUGCUCAAGAAGGAGGAGUUGCAGCUCACAUCGGGCGCUCUAAUCGAAGGCCUGAGCCUAGACGACGAGGACACAAUCAGUCCAAUCAACGUAACUAAUUGCGGAGCCCUUCAACGCGCAGGAAAAGGCCGAACAGUGAGUUUAGUUUCGGACGCAACCGGAAAAAUUCUGUCUUGUCACGGUACAAACGAUUUGGUAGAGAAUUUCUACUUCUGCAGCAAGGAUGAGGCGAUGUCUCGUCUCGCGAAGCGAUUGAAGAAAAGUUCGAAGCAAUCAUCUUCUCCAAACAGCACCGAGCUCAGUCUAACAGAUGAAAUCAAGCGACUGCCACACAUAAAAUGCGGAACCAAGAUCAAGUCAAUAGAUCUUGUUCUGGGACAAGAUACGAAUCUGCAAAUUUUAGUGAACACAGCGAAUAAUAGUCUUCGCCUGUAUGCACUCGACAUAAAUGCGAAGAAUUCUGAGGCCAGGCAAGCUCGUUCCAUUACUCAGAGCGGCCAUCAAUCAGAAGUCAGGGCUGUGAGCUUCAGCUCGGACUCGCUGGCCAUUGUUUCCGGCAGCGGCGAGUCAUUAAAGCUCUGGAGCCAGACAUCAAUGCAAUGUCUUCGAACAAUUGAGACGGGGUACAUUUUAGCUGUCUGUUUUGUGCCUGGUGAUCGACACGUUUUGUGCGGGACAAAAACCGGUCAACUUCUGAUCGUGGACAUCGGAACUGGAGACGUCAUUGAAGAGAUCCCGGCGCAUAAAAGCGAGCUGUGGAGCAUAUGUUUGUUACCGGAUUUGAAAGGAUGCGUGACAGGCAGCGGGGAUACAACUGUGAAGCUAUGGAGCUUUGAAUUGGCCGUUGACGCGUCGGAAGAUGGCUCUGAGAAAAAAGUUCUAUCUUUGCUUCACAAAAACACGUUAAAACUAGAAGAAACUGUUCUCUGUGUGAAAGUGGAUCCAAAUAGUAAAUUUCUAGCAGUUGGUCUUCUGGACUGUACAGUUAAAAUUUUUUUCCUCGAUUCCUUUAAAUUCUAUCUUUCCUUGUACGGGCAUAAAUUGCCGGUUUUGUGUAUGGACAUUUCGUACGACUCCAGUCUAAUCGUAACCGGAUCGGCUGAUAGGAAUGUGAAGAUAUGGGGUCUGGAUUUCGGUGACUGCCACAGGUCGCUUUUUGCACAUGAUGACUCCGUAAUGGGGAUUCAAUUUGUUCCUAAAACGCAUAUGUUUUUCACGUGUGGCAAAGACGGAAAAGUGAAAGAAUGGGACGCGGACACGUUUAAUAAAAUCAUCACCCUGCCCGGGCAUGUCGGCGAAGCAUAUUCACUGGCAGUGAGUCCGAAUGGAAGAUUCGUAGUCUCUUGCGGCUCUGACAGGACUCUGAGACUUUUCGAAAGAACUGAUGAACCUUUAGUUCUUCAGGACGUGCAAGAAGAGGAGCGAGAAGAAAUCGAAAAUCGAACUCUGGCGACUGGUGAUGACAACAGCGUUCCAACCAUGCCUGGUCUGAAAUUACCGUCACGAAAAACAGUCGGGGCAGAGAAAGCAGCAGAAUCGAUCCUAGAAUGCAUCGACAUUUGCAAGUUGUAUGACGAAGCUGAUGAAAAACAACGCGAGUUACAUCCCCUUAUGUUAGCACACGAAGCUACAAAUUCAUUAGAUUUCCUCGUUGCAGUUUUGCAGAGGAUACGCGCCUCUGACUUGGAAGAAGCUCUAGUGAUUUUGCCCUUCACUCACGUAGUUCAGUUGUUGGAGAGAGUGCCGGAUUUAGCAAAUUGUCGAAAAGAUCAAACCGAGCUCAUAUGCAAAGUUGUUCUGUUUCUGUUUCAAAUACAUCAGAAGCAGAUUGCUAGCAACGAAACGCUUUUACCUGUUAUAGGAACGAUAGUCAGAAAUUUGCGGGAUUUAAUAGUAGAAUUGCGGGAUAUGGUUGGUGUUAAUUAUCAUGGAUUGCAAAUGUUACAACUGGCAAUCGAAGAACGCGAGGGAGUAGAAUUAUUCAGGGAUGCGACGCGUAGUAAAAAGCAGAAAGAUAGGAAGCACAAGAGAAGGCAAUUGACGAAACGACUUCAUAUACAAAUGAGUUGAAAACUUUCAGUUGUUAGUUUUAAGGAAUAAAUUUAAUUCUAUGUAAA